CUACGAUCGAAAGCGUUGCUGCUGAGUCCGCAACGGUCCAGCAUCCUUCGUUCGUCCCUCAAUCCUUCAAGCCCGCUCGGCAAUGGCCUCCUCAAAAGAGAUGCAGCCUUCCACGAGGCCAUUGACGCACCAGCGUUCUCCCUUGUCGAGCUCCGCAUCCUCGGCCCUCACCGGCCGCCAGUCCCACGCCCGAACCAAUUCGCACUCGCACUCCCUCCUCGCCGGUGCCCUCAACCCGACACACCGAAUAACUCGCCGAAAAUCAAUCACCACCCCGGGCGCCAACGUCGCUGCUCUGGCGGCGGCAAUUCGAGAGAGUGAGCAGGGCGGCGCGAUUCCGAUUACAAGCGGGGGAAGGCGGAACACCAUCACCAAGCACACCACCGUCCGCGCUGGCCUGGUUGACAGCCUGCCCUCACCACCCGCCAGCCUGCCCAACAAGUCAGUGCUGCUGGAUGCGAAGCGAGAAGCCCAAGAGAGCGCCAUCGACGACGAUUCCAACGAGCUUUCGAGCGACGAGGCGGCCGCCAAAUUCGACCAAACCCGCAUAAGACGAGCCAGUGACGGUCAACCUCUCACCAAGGAUGGCAAGAAGAGCAACCGCGUAGAGGUUCGCUGCGAAACUUGCGGCAAAGGCUACAAGCACAGCAGCUGUUUGACGAAGCACCUAUGGGAACACACUCCUGAGUGGUCCUACACCUCCAAGUUGCUCAUCUCAAAGCACCAACAGGUACAACUGCUUGAAGCAGCAUCUGUUUUGGUAGCAAUGAACGGCAACCCCGACGAGAGAUCAGUCACUCCUCCAGACUCUGCCAGAGACUUUGCGAGCGAGCCAGAGACGGCAUCGCCCGCUGCCUCAGGCUACUCGGAGCAGGCUGAUGGUCGGAGUUCCGCUGAUACUACCCCGCCGCCGACUGCCGAGGAUGGCCCUACCUUUGAUACCACCGCUUAUCGUGAGAAGCGCUUUAGCUCUGGCAGCAUCUUCUCACGAAGCUUCCAAUCCCCGCAGCCACAGAACCCUCUCAUUCGCGGCAGCAUUCCUAAUGUAAAUGGAUUCGAUCAUGGUCGCAGUGGCAGCAUCGACCUGCAGCCGGAUGCUAUGAUUGGCGAGGACGAUCAUGAGCUGGCCGCCGCCGUUGAGUUGUUGAGCUGCAGCUUUGGCAGCAACAAUGGCUCGCGAAACGUUGUAACAACAGUUGCUGAGGACGCACCACCUGUGCCCCCCGUCCCAGCCCAAUUCCUGGACCAAGCUGCAUCCUUUGUAAGCACCGGCUUCAUCAACAGCUUCCCCAGCAGACAGCCAGAAAGCUUCACCCGUGGUGAGAUGCGCCGCGGAAGUGAAGAUGUCAAGAUGGAGGACAGCGAAGACGAUUUCGACAUGCGGUCUCGCGCCCGCAGCGACGAAGACGACGACGGAGUUUUUGGCCGCAUGGAGGAAUAACUUAUUGGAUACCUAUGGGACGGAGCAAUUCUCUUGGGACUUCGAAUCGUUGACGCUUUUUUUGUUUAUAUAUAUUAAUGUGACCCCCGGAGUAGGAUUGCUCUGGAAUGAAUUAUGGAUAUCACCUAUGGGAUGGAAAUCGGCGCGACCUUUCCUUUGUACAACGAUAUACUCGAUGGAACCGUGUUGGGGGUGGUUCUGCUCCGCUGUCGAAUCUUCAGCACCAAGGAGUGGAGGGCCUGUCUGGACGCGAGCCAAGUGCUGCUGCAAGGUCUGGAAUGAGAUUGCUUCUCCACGAGGUUAAAGUGAGGAUUCAACGAGGCGUCGAGCGUACACUCGAAGAAAUUCUGAAUAAAAACAUGACGUUUAAAAAGAAAUAAAAUGAAAAAAAGACCAUCACCAUCACAGAAGC